AUGAAUGUCAAUAAAAAACUCGACCGCUUUAAACAAUGGGCAGGCGAGCGCAUGGGUGGGGAGGUGAAGACCAAUGUGUCGGAUGACUUCAAAGCACUCGAAGUCGAAAUGGGCUUGAGGCAGGAAGGGUUGGAGAAGAUGCAAAGAUCCACGAACGCCUAUAUCAAGGCCAUCUCCAAGCGAUCCGAAGUAGAGGGCAAGGAGAAGACACUACCGAUUGCAUAUAUGGGAGGCACUAUGAUCUCCCAUGGCGAAGAUUUUGAGCUCGAUUCGGAGUUUGGACAAUGUCUCAACAUGUUUGGCCGGACGCAAGAGAGGUUGGCUCGGGCUCAGGAGGCAUAUAUCGCCAGUGCCACCUCCUCGUGGUUGGAAUCCCUGGAACGAUCCCUGGUCCAAAUGAAAGAAUACCAGGCAGCGCGGAAGAGACUCGAGACAAGGCGACUGGCCUAUGACACAUCACUGGCAAAGGUGCAGAAGGCCAAGAAGGAGGACUUCCGGGUUGAGGAAGAAUUACGCAAUCAGAAGGCCAAAUACGAGGAGUCAGCCGAUGAUGUUUUCAGAAGGAUGGAAGACAUCCGCGACGCCGACCCGGAGAGCGUUGCGGAUCUUGGUGCUUUCCUAGAUGCCGAACUGGCUUAUCACGACAAGUGCAGAGAGGCACUUUUGCAAUUGAAGUCCGAAUGGCCAGCAAGCCACAAAGUCGUGGUAGCCGUCCAACCCCUCGCUCCAGAUCAAACACCGUUCGCUCUUACACGCAGCAUGUAG